GGGGGGCGGGUCCCAGACCUCUGAGGAUUGGGGGAGGGGGACAUGGGUGAAAAUGGGGCUGCAGGGAUAUAGAGGUGGGGAGGGUGCGGGGCCUCGAGAUAGGCUCCAAGGAGAAUUUGGGGAGCUCCUAAGAGACCCAGCUGUUGCAAGAGUGGGGAGGCGGUCCCGGACCUCUGGAGGAUUGGGGUCCUAGGAGGGAAAGCUGAGCAGCAGGGGAAUAGGGGUGGGGUAUCUGAGGGAGGUAGAGAAGACCCAAAGAGAAUGGGGGGGGGGGGGCUUUAAGGGACCCAGACGUUGGAAGGCUAUGAGUAGAGAGGAUUUGUCCAGGGCCUGCAGGGUGAGAGCCCCAGACCUCUUGAGGAUUAGCGGGAGGGGGCGGCAGGGAGAAAGGGGGGGGCAGCUUCAAAAGCACCCCAGUUUCUUGUCUCUCUUCCUCUUGCAGCUCCUGCAAAGCGCCCAGUUGGACAAAAAGAGGGGGCUGCCCCUUCUCCACGCCCCGCAAGGAGAUCCAGGGAGGGUGAUCCCCCCGACUCUCAGCUGCCUCCCCAAGCCAGGAUCCCCCACAGAACAAGCAAGCAUCCUUUGAUUUUGCCGCCGGAGGGGCCAGCCUCCCCCCCGCACCUCCCCAAAGGAUGUAACACGCCCUCCAUGCGGGGGCCAAGAGAGGGGGCUGCGGUGGUGGUACGACACCCCCCCCCUCCUCUCUCUCUCUCUCUCUGCAACCUGGGGGGGGCGGGCAUGAUGGCUCCCUAGCCGGCGAAGAUGGAGAAGGCCGUGAGCAACCUCAGCUCCAUCGUGCCGGCCUCGCGGCUCACGCCGGCCUUCCCGCCCGCAGUCAAGGUGGGCCUGACGACGUUCUACACGGCCUUGUACGCCUUGCUUUUCUGCUCGGUUUAUGCCCAGCUCUGGCUGGUGCUCCUGUACCGCCACAAAAAAUUCAGCUACCAGACCGUCUUCCUUUUCCUCUGCCUCUUCUGGGCUGCCCUGCGCACCACGCUCUUCUCCUUCUACUUCCGGAACACCCUGAAGGCCAACCACUUGCACCCCUUCUUCUUCUGGCUGCUGUAUUGCUGCCCUGUCUGCCUCCAGUUCUUCACCCUGACCCUCAUGAAUCUCUAUUUUGCCCAGGUGGUUUUUAAAGCCAAAGCGAAAUAUCGUCCUGAACUGAUCAAAGGCCUGUUGCUGGUGCGAGGGGUGUGCUUCGGGGCCAGCGUCCUCUUCCUGGUGGUGAACGUGGCGUGCGCCGUGCUGGUGCGGGCACACCAGGUGGAGCCCUGGGCUGUGGUCCUCGCCCGAGUUCUCAUCAGUGACUCGCUGUUCGUGCUGGGGGCCGUCUCGCUCGCCCUCUGCCUCUUCCUCGUGGCCCGUGGCUCUCCCUCGACACGCAUCUACCUGGAAGCCAAGGGCACCACGCUGUGCCAAACGGCAGCCAUGGGAGGCACCAUCGUCCUCCUCUAUGCCAGCCGCGCUUGCUACAACCUCGCUGCCUUGGCGCUCUCAUCCCGCACCCGGCUCGACUCCUUCGAUUACGACUGGUACAACGUCUCUGACCAGGCCGACCUAAUAACCGAUCUCGGGGAUCAAGGUUAUAUCGUCUUUGGACUCAUCCUCUUCGUUUGGGAGUUACUACCCACCAUGUUGCUCGUGGGCUUUUUCCGGGUGCAUCGGCCGGCUCAGGAUAUGAGUGCCAGUCGCGUCUUCAACCGGCAGCUGGGUGUCUCCCGUUCUUAUUUCUUUGACUAUCCUGGGCAGCGCGAAAACGAAGGACUGACUAGCAGCCUGACCGGACGAACCCAGAGCAGCGGGAGCUACUACGGCUCCAUCAACCGCAGCGGCGGGGAGCAGGACUGGUUCGGGGGCCACCCGCCCACCGCCCCCCUCCUCUUCUCACAGGCGGCCGUCUCCGGCAGCCACCAUCAUCACAGCCUUUACUCCACCCCGCAGAACUGAGGCACGGGACAGGGCGGCCUCCCCAUCUCCCCCCACCCCCCCCCUCACCCCCG